CGGAGGAGAGGCGAGGCGAGGGAGGGGGCCGAGCAGGAGAGGCGGAGGGGGAAGGAAGGAAGGAAGAAGCCGGUGAGCGACGUCACAAGCGCCGCCGCGAGGAGCCCUUUCGCCGCCCUCCGGGUAGGGGAGCCGGAGCGCGGGAGGAGGCGGAGGCGGCGGCCGGGCCUGAGCCGCGCAGGAGGGGCGGUGGAGGAGGAGGAGGGAGAAGAUGGCGGACGAUCCCAGCGCUGCCGACAGGAACGUGGAGAUCUGGAAGAUCAAGAAGCUCAUCAAGAGCCUCGAGGCGGCGCGCGGCAAUGGCACCAGCAUGAUAUCAUUGAUCAUUCCCCCCAAAGACCAGAUUUCACGAGUGGCAAAAAUGUUAGCCGAUGAGUUUGGUACAGCAUCCAACAUUAAAUCGCGAGUGAAUCGCCUUUCGGUCCUUGGCGCCAUUACAUCUGUACAGCAACGACUAAAACUUUAUAACAAAGUACCUCCGAAUGGUCUGGUGGUUUACUGUGGAACAAUUGUGACGGAAGAAGGAAAAGAGAAGAAAGUGAACAUCGACUUUGAACCUUUCAAACCAAUUAAUACAUCCUUGUAUUUGUGCGAUAAUAAAUUCCAUACAGAGGCUCUUACAGCACUACUGUCAGAUGACAGCAAGUUUGGCUUUAUUGUAAUAGAUGGUAGUGGAGCCCUCUUUGGCACUCUUCAAGGAAACACCAGAGAAGUGCUGCAUAAAUUCACAGUGGAUCUCCCAAAGAAGCAUGGAAGAGGAGGUCAGUCUGCCUUGCGUUUUGCUCGCUUGAGGAUGGAGAAGCGGCACAACUAUGUUAGGAAAGUAGCUGAGACGGCCGUGCAGCUGUUCAUUUCUGGCGACAAAGUGAACGUGGCUGGUCUCGUGUUAGCAGGAUCGGCUGACUUCAAAACUGAACUGAGCCAGUCAGACAUGUUUGAUCAGCGAUUGCAGUCCAAAGUACUAAAGUUAGUUGACAUCUCAUACGGUGGUGAAAAUGGAUUCAAUCAAGCCAUUGAAUUGUCCACUGAGGUCCUGUCUAAUGUGAAAUUCAUUCAAGAAAAGAAACUAAUAGGCCGAUAUUUUGAUGAAAUCAGCCAGGACACGGGAAAGUACUGUUUUGGUGUUGAAGACACUCUAAAAGCCUUAGAAAUGGGAGCAGUAGAGAUCCUGAUAGUUUAUGAGAACCUGGAUAUAAUGAGAUAUGUUCUCCAUUGCCAAGGCACAGAAGAGGAGAAGAUUCUCUAUUUGACACCAGAGCAAGAAAAGGAUAAAUCCCACUUCACAGACAAAGAGACUGGACAAGAACACGAGCUGAUAGAAAGCAUGCCCCUCCUUGAGUGGUUUGCUAAUAACUACAAGAAAUUUGGAGCCACGUUGGAAAUUGUGACGGACAAGUCACAGGAAGGAUCCCAGUUUGUGAAAGGAUUUGGUGGAAUUGGAGGUAUCUUGCGGUACCGAGUGGACUUCCAGGGCAUGGAAUACCAAGGAACAGACGAUGAAUUUUUUGACCUCGAUGACUACUAGGUAGUCGACCUGGGUCUGGCAAAAUGUGCCUCACCCCUCCAGCAUCCAACCCAAGGAGCAAACUCGUGAUGGAAAACAAAACAGAUCCCUGCCUUAGAAUUGGAGUAUUUCCAGAACUUUAUCCAGAAACACCGGGUUUAAAACAAAAGGAAACCCUACUGAUUUGUCAUAGUGUCAGUACAGCAGCAAUCUACUAAGUUUCUAUAAUGCCAUUUUGGACUAAUUUAAAAAAAAAAAGAAAUCCCAAUUUUUACUUUUACUUAAUGGUGAAAUUGGUUGCUCUUGUAUUUUAAGAAAAUGAUUUUUUCAACCUUCAUGCUACAUUAACUGCUGUAAACCUUCAUGGGGGGGUGGAAUUAAUAGAAAGAUUAUACUGGUUUGUUUCUUAUUUUGAUUGGAGACAAUUUAUUGCUGCGUUUUGCAGUGACAUGACCCAUUUACAUGGCGUUCUUGGCUUAGACUGCGGCAGAAGAAUCUUAGGGAGAAAUUGUUCCCGUUAUUCUCACUCUGCGAUGGUGGAGGCAUGAGGAAUUAAAAACAGUGACAUGCCAGCUUGACAGGUGUGACUUGCAAAUUCAGAUGGUCUGGGAAGUCCACCCAUUUUUAUUCAUAAGAUUGCAACAGCACUGCUUGUAUAAAUCAGAAUGUUUUAUUCAUGGCAAUUGACGUGCCAGGGUCUCGGCAGGCUUGAUUGGGGAUGCGAGUUGUGUGGCCUUCACUCUUCCCUCUUGUCAGUCAAUAAACAAGUUUCCACAAGCAAGCUAACGCUUCUUAUGCUUGAUUCUAUUCUUUAUUAGGGUUUUGGGACUUUUUAAAUACUUCCCCCCCCCCUUUUUGCUUUGGGGACUGCAUAAGAUGUCUUGAUGGAUCAACAAGUUUAAAAAAAAGAAUUCCCAAACGGCUUUCAAUACGAGUAGCUAGCACAAUGUGACUGACUUAAUCCUUGGCAGAGGUGGCUGUGAAGCAUUUGGUGUUUUUUAAAGAAUAUUGGUAAGUUUUUUUUUUAGAAGCUUGGCGCCAAAGGUUCACUUUCAACACUGUGGCAUAGCACAGCACGUGGAAGGCAGGAAGCAGACCUGCCUUUAUUCCCCUGGUUUUCUAAAGGAUACUCUGAUAUUUUAGUGCCUAGCUCUGUUCACUUCCAACUCUUGUGUCUCUUGUAAUGCUCAGAAGCUCCCCAACUUGCAGACAUUGCGCAUCAUACCAAUAAUCCUGUCUCACUUGAAUCAAAGGGAGAGUUUGUCUUUAAAACUAUACCUUCCCAUCACAGUGUAUUCCUAAAGAGGUCCAAAAUGACUUUCUGUCAGUGUGAGCAAUAGAAUUUGUAUCUUUUUAUAACUCAGCAAGCAGGCAGUGUUUGCCAUCGUCCACAAGAAGUGUUCACGUUGGGCAGAGUCUUUUAACAGAGGCCCUUUGUGGGUCUGGAUGUGCAAUUGGGUUUGCAGAACGCCUGAUCACAAGCAUUCUUGUGCUCUUCGAAGCAGUACACUUCGAUUUUGCCAUGGUAAAUGGGUCUGCUGUGACAUGACAAGAGCAGGAAAAAAAAAUUGGGUGUAAAUUUACAUUUUUUAAAAUAUACUGCUUGUUUCACAUUUAGGGUAUGCAGCUCCUUUUUUUCCUUUUUUGUAGUUUUAUUUUUACUAUUUAAGUUUGGAAAUGAUGCCAAAUUUUUGUAUCUCUUUAAUCAAUGUGUUAUCUCUGGUGAUAUAUAUUGCAUUAUAUAUUGAUGUGUAUAUCAAUAUAUACUGAUAUGUAUUACACUUACACAAACACAUUACAAGGGUGAAAAUCCUAGCCUUUUUGCAUACUACGUAGCCUCUUCAGAGAGCUCCCAGCAGUGAUAUCUUGGUGUUGUGAUGUACAGAAAUGGAGAAGAGUAUUAAACCAUAUUUAAGAAUA